CAGGGCAGGAGAGAGAGGUCAUAACGAAGAGGAAAAGAGACAAGAGAGGCAGCAGGAGACAAACGGCUUGUUUUUUCACUUUUUGUUUCGUCCCUCUGGAUCACCUGGAUUACUUCUGCUCUCUGCAGAAAGUAACUUCUCAUAAUUGGACCCUCAGCAUCUUCCUUGCCUAUAUGUUUGCAUGUGUGCAAUAUCUGUGCUCAUACAGAUCAGAGAGCAUCCACCUGAGAGAGACGCAGGCAGAUGAUGGAACCUGCACACCUCUCCCUUGCACUCUUCUUCCUCGUCUUCUCUCCUGUGAGUGGCCAGUGGUGGAGUUUGUUCUGGGGAAAUCCUAAAACCACCACCAUUCCUCCUUCAGUUACCUCUCCGACCGUGACGUAUCCAAGAUUUUCUGACACCCCGGGCACAACGCCAGUGUGGUCAGUAAAAGUGGACGAGGUGCUGGUGAAUGCUGUGGAGGGUGUUCACACAGAAGGGUCUGUUUUGACCCCCACUCAGCCCAGCUCAGGAGUGUCACCGUCUGGUUUCACUACUGCAGAUCACUGGACAUUUCCUACAGGGAAGACUGCAGGUGGAGACAGUAAAAGUGGGUCUUCGGACAAACCCCUGAAACACUGGAGAAAUGAGCAAGGCUCAGGAAGUUAUCUGAACCUAACGGACUUAAUUGGCUUCCCCCUCCCUCCCUCUGUGUCCUUCACUGCUGGCUUUGAGGGUCAUCCAGCCUACAAAUUUGGGUCUCAAGCCAAUGUCGGCCGACUCACCAAAACCUUUGUGCCGGGAUCGUUCUACCGGGACUUUGCUAUCAUCGUCACGGUGCGCCCAGCUAGCCAGAGAGGUGGCAUGCUCUUUGCCAUCACAGAUGCCCAACGCAAGGUGGUGAAGCUGGGUUUGGCCCUCACUCCAGUUCGCGAGGGCCUCCAGAGCAUCUUACUGUACUACACUGACCAGGAGCAGGCCUCCCACAGCCACAAAGCGGCUGCCUUUAGCGUCCCGGAUAUGACUGACCAGUGGACACGAUUCACGGUGGUGGUGGAGCAUAAUGAGGUCCGUCUCUACUUGGACUGUGGAGAGGCCGAGAGUAAGGACUUCCAUCGUAGGCCAGAGAAACUCACCUUUUCACACAAUUCAGGCAUUUUUGUAGCUAAUGCAGGAAGCAUGGGGCUUGACAAGUUUGUGGGUUCGAUUCAGCAGCUGGUCAUAAAAGACGAUCCAAGAGUGGCUGAGGAGCAGUGUGAAGACGAUGAUCCUUAUGCCUCGGGGUACGCCAGUGGAGACGAGGCUUUGGAUGACAGAGAGACAGAGAAAGACCUGAGGAAGGCCGCACAGGAGGAGGGUGUUCCCGUUAGUGCUCCGCCCACUGAUGCUCCAGAGGAGUUUGAGGACUUUUCUCCUCACACGGGUCCAACAGAAGCCCGAGUGGACCUGAUGACAGGGCUACACCGAACAGAGGAGGCGGGAGAGCAGCCACAGGGUGGUGAUGUCAGGUUAAAAGGAGAGCGCGGUGAUCCUGGCCCGCCUGGCCCACCUGGUCCACCAGGUCCUCCCAGUGUAUUCAGAGAGACUAAGCUUGGAACAUCUGGCCCACAGGGACCACCAGGAUCUCCUGGGCUGCCAGGAAAAGAUGGACACAAGGGAAGCAGAGGCGAUAAAGGAGGUCCAGGCCAAAAAGGGUCUCAAGGAUUUCCAGGCUUGAACGGAGAAGUUGGAGCUAAAGGAGAGAAGGGAGACCCGGGAGUUGGUUUACCAGGCCCCCCUGGCCUUCCUGGACCCCCCAGAUCACGCAGUGUACCCUAUGGACCAGAUGCCCUGGGUUCUGGGUUUGAAGACCUGGACAGCGAUGCAGACCUCAUCCAGGGUCCUCCUGGUCCACCGGGCCCUCCAGGACCUCCUGGUCCCCCUGGACCCCACCUGUCCUCAUCUGCCACCAUUGAAGGACUUUCUCCUGGGCAUGCUGGACCACCUGGUGCACCUGGCAGUGAUGGCCUUCAAGGCAAACAAGGAGUACCAAUGGUUGAGGAUUGGUUUAGUGGUUCUGGGCCUGACGGUUCAGGUUUGAGCUCAGAGUUCUCCGCUGUCCUCACCUCAGACUUCGGCUCUAGUUCUGGUUCUGACUUUGAGUCAGCAUGGGGUUCAGGCGAGGGUCCAGCAGGAAAAGCUGGUCCUCCAGGUUCACCUGGGGCUGCAGGCGAGAAGGGUGAGCAAGGCCUACCUGGGCCAAAGGGUGAAAGUGGGUCAACGGGUGUCCAAGGAAUUCCAGGGCCUCAAGGGCCUAUUGGUCCAGAAGGAAAGAGAGGCCUUCCAGGCCCACCAGGACCUCCUGGCCCACCAGGGCCUCCAGGAACCAAAUUCUUUGCAGAGGAUAUGGAGGGAUCUGGCAUGACUGAUCAGAUUACUGGAGUCAGAGGCCCACAGGGUCUACCUGGCCCUCCAGGACCACAGGGUAAGGAUGGAGCACCAGGAGCUCCAGGGCUCUCUGUCAAGGGUGAACCAGGAGAACCAGGACCAGAGGGUCUCCGGGGUCCUGCUGGACUACCAGGUCCUAGGGGGGCCAAAGGAGAGAAAGGCGGUCCAGGACCCAAGGGUGAAAGAGGAGCUGAUGGCCUCAGUAUCCAAGGACCACCUGGGCCUCCUGGGGCUCCUGGACCUGUCAUUAAUGUACAUGAUCUGCUCUAUAAUGUCACAGAGGGUAUCCUCAACGUCACAGAGAUCAGAGGACCACCCGGGCCUACGGGUCCUGAGGGAUUGCCUGGCAGAGCUGGAUUUCCCGGCCCCAGGGGACCAAAGGGAGACAUAGGACCUACAGGUAUCCAGGGCCCCGCAGGGCUUAAGGGAGAGAAAGGAGAACCAGGGGUGACAAUUGCUGCUGAUGGAUCUCUCCUGUCUGCACCAAGAGGCCCUCAAGGGCCCAAAGGCACAAAGGGUGACUAUGGCUUCCCAGGACCUACUGGACUUACGGGUCCAAUAGGACCUCCUGGACAAAAAGGAGAAUAUGGUUUCCCCGGGCGACCAGGGCGACCUGGUAUCCCAGGGAGGAAAGGUGACAGAGGAGAUUCUGUUGGCCCACCGGGACCUCCAGGUCCUCCCGGCCCACCUGGACUUCCAGGAAGAAUUAUUGGUCUGAAUGGAACAGUGUUCCCGGUGCGCCCCAGACCGCAUUGCAAAAUGGGACGAGAGUCAAUGACAAGGGGACAUUCAGCUGGACCUAAAGGAGACAAAGGAGAUGAGGGAUUACCUGGGGAGCCAGGAACUCCUGGGCUCACAUUUCCAGAUGGAAAUGUGGGGACUAAAGGUGAUCAGGGAUACAAAGGUCAGAAGGGAGAAAAAGGGGAUGCGGGCCUGCCUGGUCCUCUGGGGAUCCCAGGGAGGUCAGGCCUUGUGGGUCCGAAAGGCGAAUCCAUUGUUGGUCCAAUGGGUCCUACUGGUUCUCCUGGUCAGCCUGGACCUCCAGGAUUUGGACGGUCUGGACCUCAAGGUCCGCCUGGCCCUCCUGGGCCCCCAGGACCACCCCCUCCAUACGGAUCAACUGUCAGUGUCCCCGGCCCUCCCGGUCCUCCUGGUCCACCAGGCUCUCCAGGAUAUGCAAACUUUGUUACCAGCUAUAAGACAGUCCACGCCCUCACCCAAGAGGCACACCAUGCUGCUGAAGGUACCUUGGCAUAUGUGUCUGAAAGGGGAGGCGAGCUGUACAUCAGAGCACGCAAUGGUUGGCACAAGAUCCAGCUCGGAGAGUUAAUCCAUUAUGAACCUUCAUCAGACACAUCUCAGUCCCUCAGCAGACCCGGAGAAUGGAGUAGAGCCCAUAGGAUGCACAGCCAGGAGCUGCAGGAGGGAAGCAGAGGAUACCAGCACAGUUAUAACCUGCUACCACAGCAUUUCAAUGCAGUCUCUGGGCUUCAUCUCGUAGCACUGAACGCCCCGCUCAAAGGAGAUAUGCGUGGCAUCCGCGGAGCAGACUUCCAGUGUUACCAACAGGCACGCGCCGUGGGGCUCACCUCCACAUACAGAGCCUUCCUGUCAUCACACCUUCAGGACCUGGCAACCAUUGUCAGAAAGGCUGACCGCAAUGACAUGCCCGUGGUUAAUCUGAGGGGUCAAGUGUUGUUCAAUAGUUGGAUGUCCAUCUUCUCUGGGAAUGGAGGCGUGUUUGAUCCGUCCACACCCAUCUUCUCCUUUGAUGGACGCAAUAUAAUGAGUGACUCGGCUUGGCCAGAGAAGCUGGUUUGGCAUGGCUCCAGCACCACGGGCAUCCGCCUGACCACUAACUACUGCGAGGCCUGGAGGACAGCGGACAUGGCGGUGACGGGUCAGGUUGCCCUGCUGCAGACGGGACGACUGUUAGGGCAGCACGUGCGCGCCUGCUCCAACCACUAUGUAGUGCUGUGUAUAGAAAACACAUAUGUGGGCAACAUGCAUCAAAGGAGGAACUGAGCAAACAAACACACACACAUAAACACAUGCAGGCAUGAUCUAAGUAGAAGAUGUGACACAUGAAUGGGAAACACAUGCGGGCACAUAAUGAUGUACUUCAGCUCCCACAUGCAAACAUACCGAGAAACACUCCCACACUAACAUGCAUUCACAUUUAAAGAGGACUUAUCAUACUCAUUUCCAGCUCCAUAUUUUUAUUUUUGGACUGUGCUAGAGUAACUUUGCUUUAUUCACAAUCCAAAGUAAUCCUUAUUUAUCUUAUACUGAGGAAGCACUUCAGUGCAGCCACGCCCCUUCUAAGAAGUUUCUUCUGAUUGGCUGCCACUCAUAAACACCGAAUUCAGAAUUCAGUAGCAGGUGGGCGGGACUUUUACACUCACAGUCUGAACUGCGAUAUGACGAGAUCCUCUCAAAUUCAUUAAAAGGCCCAGAGACUGAACCUUUGGCCUCAUUAUUUGGUCAUCCUUGUAACACUGUAACAACAAAAAUAUGAUAGAAUUAGGCUUAAAAAUAAGACAAAAAAGGAAGAGCAGUAGGUCCUCUUUAAGUUUUCUUUGUAUUGGUUUCAUGUUUAGUUCCCACUCGAAGCCGGAUUUAAGCCUGCGGGUCUUACAUGUCUGUCCGUGUCUAGAUUUUUCUUAGCCGUCUGCAUCAAACAGGCUACAGUUACCAUGCAUAAAUUUGUCUGCAAGACCAAGUGAGAAUGAAGGGCUUCAAAUUAAAAUGAGGUCAUAAUCAUAUAUGUACUUUAUUGGAGAUUAAAAAAAACGUGUCAGUAUUUUUUUAAACAGCAGGGGCUGUCAAUUCAAAUAUUAGUCAUAUUGAAACCGUGCUUUCAUUGUGAGCUACGUCUGAUGCUUUUAGUGAGCCUGUGCGUCAGCAGCAGGGCAGUGUAUGCCACAGUGAGUCAAAAUGAACCAAUGUGUGUUUGAGUUCAAUGGUACCAAAGUUUCCCAAACACAUUUGAAGCAUGUGGAAACAGCUGUACACACGUCUUAGACUUUAGUCACUAACUAAUGACUGAUGUGUCACCAGAAAAUGGCACGAGUGUUAAUUUCUUACAUCCGGGGAUGAAUGACGGAUGAAUGGGGGAUUUGGCAAGCAGGGGAAAAACACUCAACAGACACUUCAUUAGAUAUACUGGUUAAACUAGUCAUCAAUCUCAUGGCAUUAACUGUAGACAUGGUCAACUGGACUUGAAGUUUAAAACAAACACCAAAAUGUGGAAGAAAGGUGAAAAAAGAAAGAAAGGUUUAAGUCUGAAUGUGGCACGGUUGUUGGUAUUCCAGAAACUGCUGAUCUACUGGAUUUUCAGGGUUUAUGGAAAAUUAUGAUAGGUAGACACCAGUAACUCAAAUAGCUAUUUGUUACAAACAAAGGAUGUAGAAGAGCAUCUCUGAACACAUGACAUUAAAGCAGAUUGGCUACAGCAGCAGAAGACCACACCCUCUGCUACUCCUAUUGGCUAAGAACAGGAAUCUGAGGCUACAGGUCACACAGGCUCACAGUAGCAGGCUGGAAAAACCUUGCCUUGUCUGAUGAGUUUUGAUUUCUGCUUCAACAUUCAGGUGAUAGGGUCACAGGUAAUCUCAAACUGAUUCUUGAACAUGACUAUGAGUUCACCUGAUCCCAAUCUGGUAGAGCACCUUAGAAAUGUAGAAUGGGAGAUUCACAUCAUGGAAAUUUGCAGCAGCUCUGCAAAGCAGGGUCCAAACUUGUAUUGGCCAAGUGUAACUAACGACGUGGAUUUGUUUUCCUUUUGGUCAACUGACUUCCACUGCUGCUGGGACUGAGGUUUACAGCUCUAUGAGGAUUUAGCUGACGGCACUCUAUGAUAUAUAAAAGCAGUGAUACUAACAAGGACAAUCCUUUUUAAAUUCGUCCUUGAUCUGUCACAGUGUAGCCUGUCGGAUAGCCUUUGUCCUUGUGUUUUCUUCCUUUUUUUAACAUUACAUUUUAAUCUGAUAUUGAAAACAUUAAUCUUUUUUUUAAAGCAUGAUAAGACUACAACAAUAAAAAAGUACAGGUGAUACUGAAGGCUUCAGCAUAGGCUAACUGCACUAUGAUGCCCCCUGCUGUAAAACCACCAGUUUUGUUUACACCAUUUUUUUUCCAAAGCUUAGUCCUACAAAUUCAAUUUCUUUUGUUCUGCGUCCUUUAAUAAAAGUUCACCAUUAACACAUCUCUUUUGAAGUAACAAUAUUAGAGUGGACAUCAACAUUAAUAUGUACUGUAGCAGGACCUAGCGUGAAAACAGUCAGCUCACAUUCAGAUUUGGUUGUGUGAGGUUGGAACAUGUAUGUAUAUAAAUAUAUAUAUGUAUGUGUGUUGUUCAGGUGUUGUUUAUUUUUUACUCUGUAGGUUUUGUAUGAAGCACACUAAAAGACAGAAGGCCUCCUCCCACCGCGCUUUCACUGAGGCGUAGCUUGUUUUUCUGUUGUCUGACUUUAAUGUCUCUGUUCAAACAAAACUUGAGGUUCUGAGGAAAAAACUGACGGUUUGUACUGACUGACUGGUGCUCACUGAAUAAAAUGUCACGUGGUG